UCCAUGUGGACUCAAUACGCUCUUUCCACUGGUCAAGAACCAUUCUGUGCCUUUAUUUCCGGAAGUACAUCUUCAGAUUGUCAGAGUUCCCAGAUCCAAGACAUCCAGCUUUUACCAUCCAAGCCACAGAAUGACUCAUUGGUUCCACCGAAACCCAUUGAAAGCAACUGCACCUGUCUCCUUCAACUUCUAUGGAGUUGCUGGAAGCCCAUCAGCAAACAAGAUAUGCAAUGACUUGAGAACAACAAGGGCAAGACUCUUGGAGAUGUUCACAGAUACCACCUGCAAUCCCGAAAUCAUGAAAAAUGCCACCGAUGCUUAUUUCUCCCUCUUACAAGGAUUCAUUUCAUCUCUGGAUGGCACCACACAAGAGAACAAGCUUCGGUUCAUGCAGAACUUCAAGUGGACUGACACUUUGCAAGGAAACAUCCCAAGUGCCCAACAAGAUGCUAUUUUUGAACUGGUCUCCAUGGCCUACAAUGUUGCAAUUUGGCACACCAAGUUUGCCUCAAGACUUGCAGGAAAGGAAAAUGUAAAAGAGGUAGAUGCAAAAGAUGUCCACAGGAGCCUGAAAUUUGCUGCUGGGAUUUUCAAACACCUCAAGGAGGUCCACAUCCCCCGCCUCAUCACCCCAGCAGAGAAGGGCCGAGACCUGGAACCCAGAGUCAUCGACACCUACAUAGUCCAGUGCCAAGCAGAGGCACAGGAAGUGACGAUUGCCAGAGCGAUUGAGCUCAAGCAUAACGCCACUCUCAUUGCAGCCUUGGCCUUCGAGACUGCAAACUUCUACCAGAAAGCUGACCACACACUGAACACCCUGGAGCCAGAGUGCAGCAGUAAGUGGAGGAAGUACCUCCAGCUGAAACAGCACUUCUACAUGUCCUAUGCAUACUGCUACCAUGGACAGACUCUCCUCGCUAGUGACAAGUGUGGGGAGUCAAUAAGAUCUCUCCAAGAGGCAGAAAAGUGCUACUCCAGAGCCGAGGCUCUGUGCAAAGAGUACCGUCAGACCAAAGGGCCGGGUAGCACGGCCAAGCCCUCUGAGCAGCUCUUCUUCACCAAGCUGGGUGGCCUGAUCAAAAAUACCCUGCAGAAGUGCGAGAGAGAAAACGGAUUCAUAUACUUCCACAAGGUCCCAGCCGAGGCGCCCCAGCUGGAGCUGAAGGCCAGCUAUGGCCUGGCCGAGCCAAUCUCCUUUGAGUUGCCAGCCCUCAGCGAGCAAUGCACCCCUGAAGUCUACGCCACCUUUGACCUCACCAAGGGGGCCAAAGACGAGAAGGCCAAACCAAAGCGGGAAGAAGAGGUUAUUAAGCCAAUGAAGGAGCCAGAUUUGAAGCCCCAGAAAGAUACAGGCUGCGUCAUCUCUUAAAAAACAGUCAAUUUCCGUUCCAUGAAAAGUAAACCAUAGGAAAAGUCCUUGUUGUUUCUUUGAUUUAUGGUCAAAUGUUUUACAUUAUGAUGAUAUGCAGUGCUACCAAGCCAGACAAUAUUCAGUCAUUGAGUAUAAAAUGGCCUCAGAGAAAAGGUUAUUGGUGAUGGGGGGAUAACAUAAUAGAUAUGGGAGGAGAAAUGUUAAUCAACAAGGAACGGAAGAAAAGCAUGGAUUUAUUCAUGCAUUGGCUUGUUUUAUCUGUAGUGUUUUAUGGUCAGUGAUUUACAGUAGCAUCAUUUUAUACGUAACUGUUUUCUUUUAGAUAAAAUAUUAUUGGGUCAAACUUACAGCUGAAUUGUUCUCACUAGUGCUGUUGGGGAUUUUGUUAAAAGCCCCCGUCAUAUUGGAUCUUUAUUUAUUACUCUCAUUUAAGAAACGGACAAAUCAGAUAGUAAGAACUUAUAACACUCCAUGAUGAAUAUCCAAUCAUUUGAACAAAUCGUAUGUUUUCAAUUAUUUUAUUUUUCUGUCUCUUGAGAUUCUCUAAUUUAAUUUAAUCACAGUUCUCUUGCAACUGAAAGGACACUCCUGUACAUACAGGAGCACAUUAUUCAUACUCUCUCAAGACUCUCCAUUGCUGGGUAGGGCCUGUAUUUAUCAUAAUAACCAUUGUGAAAUAUUUGAGGACAAGGUGGUGCUUGUCUUGGGUCAUAAUAACCAGAACAAGGCCAGCUGUUCAGUAGGAACAUGGAACAACAUCUGGGAAGCACUCAGGAGAGAGCAAUGUGCUGAAUGUUGCAGAUAAUAAAUGUAAUUCAUAAAGCUGACAUGAGCAUGCCUGUUCUACUCAAAAUCUUUGUCUGAACGUUCCAUAACAUUGUGCCCUAUGGAAGGCAAUUGUAGGUCUUCCUCUGAUCUCAGAAAACUGUUUUAAAUAACCCAGACUAGUGGCCAUGGUUGCUGUUAAGACUGAUUGAUGAGCGCAGGAACAAUAGAAUAAUGGUUCAUUAAGAAAAAUUUAAAAAUGAUGUCAAUCAUAACCUGCUCAAACCAUUUCAGUAAAGGGAGUAAUGCUGUACUUUGGCACAUGGUCUUACACAUGAAAAACAAUAUAGAAAGAAGUAGCCUAUGUAUGUAAAUCUAUCAAAUUCAUUACUCAUUUUCAUUUUAUCUGUAAAUGACAACGAUAUACUCCAUAUGUAUGCAUUACUGUAGCUUUCAGAGUACUGAUUCACCAUCAUUUCCUAACAGUUGUUUUUGAGAACUAAUGACAACUAGCCUCUUCUGAGGCAGUACAAUAGGGGGACAAGUAACCUCCAGUAUAGUAUACUAAUUUGCCAAUCAAGGAAGACCAUUUUGCAUUCUUUCUGUGCAACCUCAGAGCACAUUUUAGUGCCUUUACAUUUUAAAUCUUAUUAGUCACACAGAUGUCAGAACUCAGUGUAGAUGUACUGUAUCCAGCUCUAAAUUAUAAUUAAAAUAACAUAUUAGGCUAUACGUUAGCUUUACAAGCCCUUUUUAUUCUUGGAACAAUGGAUUUUCACAUUCAAGGACCAAUAUUUAUUUUAAUUAACACAUGAAUGUAGUUUGCUGUAUCAUAAUGUAUACACAAGUCUCACAUUACCCUUCUUCUAAUGGUGUCCUUCAUUGAAAAUGUGUUUCAAAUGGAAAUAAAAACAUCAAGAAACCUGAA